CUGUCCUCGACGUUAGUCGGUGCCAUUCAAUGGGCCGGAAGCUCCGGAAUGUAUCGUCCAAGCCUCGCCAUGAUUCGAGGCUUUGUGUUUGUGCUUUGGGGAUACACAGCGACAGGAUGAUCGACGCUGGGACCCAUCCGCGGUCCAGGCUUAUGUCUUUUCUGACGAGGAGUCGGCGACGUUUUUGCUCUCAUACCGCUCUCUCGGGCGAAAUCUGGCCGAGAAUACUCAAACCAUAUCAAGCAAGGGUCGCUUUCUGCGUCGUUCGCACGCCCCAUAGGAGAUUGUGCAGAUAUGUGCGCACGCAAGUCUCAGCUUGAUCGGCUAUCGAUCAUGCAGCAUUGUCUCCCGGAUGCGGCUUCUCGAGGGCCCACCUCGAUGCACCCGGCCGGCUACAAAUUGGCGACAACACAACAAUGACACCGCAUAGCUGCCUUCCCUCCGUCCCUCAUUGCACAGGAACUACGAUGAGCAGCAGCACUCCGUACACCCGGAAACGAACGCUGUCCAUGUCCAUCGGGCUCUCGACCCGGCGCGCGAAGCGGACCCGAGUAGACGGCCCCGCCCCCAUCCCGUUCCACGGCGUGUCUCUCAGCACGGGGCCCGUCCCGACAGCCCUCGACAUGGGCCCGCCCGCGCUGGCCCCGGUGUUCAGCCUCCGCCGCGCCGCGUCGCACACGGAUUUUACUCUGGAGAAGAUCAUCACGAGCUACCCGCCCGGAUCUACGCACCACAUCCUGCGGGACCACGGCAUAUCGAUCGACUUCACGCCAUCCGGCGGGUCCAGUGGGUCGCAAGCGAUGGUGCCGCUGAGCUACUCGGCGCGCCACACGCUGUUUUUCGGGCACGGAAACGACGUUUACGCGCGCAACAUGCUCGCGCCAGUCGCGGAUGACGGCGCGCCGUUCUGCACGGUCGACGGGCCGCUGACGCUGCUGGAGGCCGGCGGGGUGGACUGCAGCGGCCUGCUCGCGGUCGGGACCUCGCGCGGCGCGGUGCAGAUCCGGGACGCCCAGACGCGCGGGAUGGUUUCUACGUACACCGUGAAGGGCGCAACGGCCGUGGCGUGGAGCGGGCGCACGCUGACAGUCGCGACGGCGCAGGGGACCGUGCGCCAGAUCGACACCCGGGAGCCGCAAAAGAAGAAGCGCGGCGGCGCGGGGAGGAAGACCGCGCACGAGGCCGCCAUCACCGCGCUCGCGUGGAAUCCCGGCCACAGCCUGUAUGUCACGGGGGACGCGGACGGGACCGUGCUCUGCUGGGAUCCGCGCGCCCGGACCGCGCUGAACGUCGAGGAACCCAUCGCGCACGCCGCUGCGAUCUCGGUGCGUUUGCUGACCAAUCUAACUCACCAACCGAUCCACUCACGCGCCGCUACAGUCUUUGACGUGGUGUCCCUGGAGCCCCAAGACGUUCGCAACCGGAGACGACCAAGGCACGGCCCACUUCUGGUCCGCCGCCAGUUCGACUCCGACGCACCGGGGCACGCUCGCGCUGGGGUGCCAGAUCGUGGGGCAGUACUUCUCGGCCGAGUACCGCGAGGUCCUGUCCGUUACUGGGCCCAGUACCACCUCCGCGAGACCCGAGCAACGGCGCGCUUCACGUUCCUUGACCCCCUCGGCCAAGGGCAACCAGAUCCUCGCGCACUCCUUCCCCUCGCUGCAGCCCAUCGCAACCGUUGGGGUGUCGGACAAACCGAUCUGCGGCAGCACACUCAACACCGCCGCACUCGACCUCAGCACACAGCGCGUCGUCGUGGCUGUGCCGGACGAGCGCAAGCUCAGGGUCUUUGACGUGUGGGGCAAGGAGAAGCCGGUCCGCCGCAAGGCCAGUUUCGAGUCGAUGAUCCGGCUGAGAUAGACUGUUCGCAUGCUCGCACUAUACGCUUAUGUACUCUCGUGUGUACUCUAUAUCACUCUGCAUCACCUUUUCCCUAUCGCUGUUGUCUUGUGCCUGGGAGGACCUACCGUUUUUUGAUCUGCGAAAGCCUGAGCGACAGCGCCACGAUGUGGGCAACCGAGCCCCGGGUCCGAUUUCGUGCACGUCCUGUCAGCCUCUGAGUCGACUAGCAGCCGG